AUGGACUUGCGAACCUUAUACUUCCAGGCGGCCGAGGCGGCGGCCGAGGCAGUUCAUGCAGUAGAUGAUGAAGUGCCGGAGCCCAACUCGAAUUCUGUGCUGAUGAAGCUCGAUGUCCAAGUCAUGGCUGACGCGCCGGCGUCGUGCCAGGGCAGUGGCGUUGCUGCAAUGGGGCUUGGCGAUGCGGAGAUUGGCAAUGGCAAGGCCGCCGAGGGUGGCGGCGGUCGUGACCUUACGUGCCCCGAGUGCGGCAAGGCGUUCCUGUCGGACAAGGCCAUGUACGGGCACCUGAGGUCCCACCCGGAGAAGGGCUACAAGGGGGCAACCCGCCCGACGACGGCCAGAGCCGCUUCUGCCGUUGCUGGAGACAAGAAGCUGAGGAAGGCGCCGCGGAAGGAGGCUGAGUUGUCGGCGAUCAACUCGACGGCCGUAGAGAAGAAGCCAUGGGAGGAGGCCGAGCUCUCGACCAAGUGGCCAGUGAAGGCGAAGCGCGGGCGCGCGCCGUCCACACCCAGUGCGGGGAGCUCGCCCGUGGCGGCGACGCUGUCGAGCAGCUGCAGCGAGGAGGAGAAGGCUGCGAUGAUCCUAUUGGAGAUGGCGUCUGGGCGCCCGACUUCAGAACACGAGCAGCCAAUACAACCGAUUGAUGCCCCCGACGCCUUCUCUGGGCACCAGCCUAUGCUACUAGAUCAUGUCGCCGCCGGUAACCAGAUGGCGGAAGUCCAACAGCCUAUACGACCAGAUCAUGUCGCCUUUGCUGUCACGGGCUACCAGAUGCCGGAAGCCGAGCAGGUUGUUCGACCGGAGCUUGUCCCUGAGAUCAUCGAGGAGUCGCCGACGCCGAAGGCAGAGGAGGUCACGAAACUGGAGCUUGCCACAGAAGCUGUCCACGUCGUGGUCCCUGCGAACAAGCUCAUCGUCCCCAGCACUGGCUAUGGCGCGGGCACCAUGAAGGUCGAGAAGCGACGACUCCUGGAUCUCGAGCAGAUGGCAGCAUCGCCAGCACCAGCAGAUGGCGCCGACGUCAAGCCGCCGGCGAGGCGCAUACCGUCGCCAGCGUCGGACAAGAAACACGAGUGCCCGACUUGCCACAAGUCGUUCCCAACCUACCAAGCCCUAGGCGGACACAUGGCCAGUCACGUCAAGGGCAGCAAGCACAGCGCGCGGCACGACGCGCUUGCCAUGUCCCAGGCCGUGCACAACGUCUUGGCGCACCACACCCAGGGCGGCAACGUCGUCACCGGCGGCGUGGGCGCGGGCGCUGGAGCUGGCGCGGACCAGGAGCGCCAGGACGUCCAGCCGCCGCACGUGUGCGCGCAGUGCCACCUGACCUUCCCCACAGGGCAGGCGCUCGGCGGCCACAAGCGUAAGCACUGGCUCCCGGAGAAGCAGCGCACCCAAGCUGCACGCGCCGCGGCGGCGCCGCGGGACUUUGACCUCAAUGAGCUGCCCAAGGAAAGGGGAGGGGAGAAUCAGCCCUAGCUAGCUAAGCCUUGGAACAUUUGGUCUCUGCUUUAAAAUCCGUGCGGCUGAAGGAAGCAUCAAUUUUGAAGGGAUAUUACAGGAAGUAUCACUGCAGUGUCCUAGUGUGUCGUCACUGUGUCAUUUAGGGGUUUACAAUGUUCAGUUGUCAGCUCUUGUGAUAUUUGCUUCGAAACACAUGAGCUCACCAGCGGUAUCUGGUUAAA